CCCAGCUCCUCUCACACCUUCAGUUCUACACCUCCAGUGGUGCAAAUGCUUAACGAGAAGAAAGUGUUUCUCUGUUUCUCCAUCCAUCACCAAGAGCUGGGCUAGGCUGAGCUUUCAGUCAGUUUGGGCCGCCUUGAGGCCAUAGUCAUACGUGACCUCUCCAGAUUGUAGUUCUGUCCACUGCACCUGAAUCAUGGCUUUCUUAAUGCAGCAGAUGAUGGGGGAUAAGUUGAAGAACUUUAUGGGUGGAGGAGGGGAGGACUCUGGGGCGUCCGGAGGGGACGGAAAAGAGACGGCCGAGUCUAAAGGAAUGACCCGAGAAGAGUUUGAGGAGUACCAGAGGCAACUGGUGGAGGAGAAGAUUCAGAGGGAUAAGGAGUUUGCUUCAAGGAAGGCAGAAAGGGCUAAUCUGAGAGUGCUGCUAAGAGACAAAUACAGACUUCCACAGAGUGCACAAGAUGAUGCCACUGUCCAGAUGGCGGGAGAUGACAUCGACGUGCCUGAGGAGCUGGCCAAGAUGGUGGAUGAGGAUGAGGAGCAAGAGGAGAAAAAUGACUCCUUCAUGGCCAAACUCCAAAACAUGGAUGUGGACUUUGAGACGAUCAAAACCACAGCUCAGACCACUAUGACAGAGGUGAAGCAAGCGGCUGAAGAGAAAUGUGUCCUGAUGUGAAAGUCUCUACUGCUGACCCUUUAAAUUGGCAAGCUGAUAAGGAGUCUAAUGAAGAAUCAAUAGCAGGUUCUCCCUCCUUAGACUUGCGCUUCUUAACUGCUUAACUACUUUUCGUAUCAGUCGAAUUGUGCAAAUUCCAAUGUGUUUGCAGUUGUCAGGGGCAACUGGACCUGAAGUUUUUAUGUUUGCAUAGAAAAAUAUGUAUGGGGACUACAAAACACGUGCAUAAAAACUGAAUAAUUUUGAAUUUAUGAAGCAGUAAUUGAGCAUUUAUAACCACUUUAGUAGUUUAGUUUGUUAGUAACCACAAUAUGACAUAAGAUGUUCUAUGAGGCAAGUAACAAACAUUGACAUAAGGGACCUUAAACUAAAGUGAUGGACAUUUGUUCUAUUUAUAACCCUAUUAUGCAGUAUAAAUUCUAAGUAAUGGAACUUAGAAGUUUAUAUCAAUUCUACAAAGUUCUAUACAGUCAAUACAAUGUCAUUUAUUUCUGCUUAUGGUAUCUUGUGAUUACUGGCAUAAGGUGUUCAUAAAAACUCAAGGAUUGCUUCAUAAAUAUGUUAUCAAAUGCUUAUGCAUGUGUUAUGACAUCCUUAUGUAGGUAGAUGUCACUGAAAAAUGUCCAUGACAUCUAGGAUUAAAUGAAGGCUUUUUGCUGCAGGUACUCAUAUGCAGAUUAAACCUAAGCUUGCAUUAAAUGAUGAAUCACCAUUUGCAUUGCAAUUUAGUCCAAGAUUGGGUUUAUUGCAUGUGUGGAAAAUCAGUCCAGGUGGACACAGUUCUGCACUUUGGCUUUUCUGGUAAAUGAGUGAACUUAACAAACCAUUACAAUCUGAUUAGACCCAAACUUAAGAAACAAAACAAUAAAUGCCAAAAGGCCAAAAAAAGGCAAAAAAUUGCAGUGCAGUUUUUCAAUCCAGCCCUCAAUGUGCAGGGCCAUUUCUGAACAUUUGGAGGCUCUCCACCUACAGUAGCACCAAAAAGUAUUCAGACACUUUUAACUUUAAUGAAGUUCUCUAGGUUACUUUAUAAAAUGUUCAACAAAUUAAUAUGUGAUGUGAUUAAAAGAUGAUCUUUGUGUGGAGAAAGUCUGGAGAAGAACUCCAACCAGACUGCACUAAUACUGUAAAGCACAGAGGUGGUAUUGUCAAAGUCUGGGGCUGUUUAUCUUACAGUGAUGUCACUUAGCUUGUGGUCAUUGGUGAGAUCAUGAACUCAGAAGCAUACAAAAGAAUCUUGGAUUCAAACCUGCUGAGCUUUAAAAAAAAAGAACAACGUGAAACACAUUAGCCCCAAAAAAUAAAGACUUAUAAUGUAAUAAAUGCUAGUUAAUUUGAAUUUAACAUUUGAAUGGAAUUAAUGCAUUUUUAAAAUGUGACACAAAUGUCCCAGUACAUUUGGGGGCCACUGUAUUUUGAUCAUAGAAUUUUGGAUAUAAGAAUCAAGCAUUACUAAAGUAACUGUGAUAAGGACAAACAGAAACACAUUAUGACUAAAUGCUAAGCUGAACACAUUUAAGCCAUAAAUAACUUCAGUUGUAUACAAAAGUUUAGGCACCCCUGGUCAAAUGACAUGUUUUUCUGAUUGUCUGAGUGAAAGAAAGCUGGCACAUCCUCUACAGUGAAUACAAUUAGGUUAAAUUAGCUGAAUUUAACAUAUUGGAAAAAAACAAAGCUUAAAAUGAGGCCUGUGCAAAAGUUAUGGCACAUUAUAUUUUAUGUUUUUUUUUUCAAUAUAUGAUACUUAACAGAUAAAUAGACAUUAUGUAAUAAUAUUUGCAAAAUAUUUGCAAAACUUUACAAAAUGUCAUACUUGUGUGUUCUUAGUAAAAGUUAUGUUAUAACUUAUAUAUAAGUUAUAACUUAUAAGUUGUGUUAUAGAAAAUCAACAAAACAAUUUGAAUGAGGAGAAAUAGAAACUUUAAACAGCUGUAGCUAAAUAAUUUAGACAUGACUGGACAGAAAUCAUUGGAACUCUAUUCUGAUCCAUUAUAUUCUUCCUUUUGGAAGCACUCAGGACAGUUACACUGGGAACAGAAUGAAAACCGUGGCAUGCUGGAGGUCUUAAUAGUCUUAAUAGAAUGUAAAUAGAAUAUAAGACAUAAGGCUAAUGUUGCUGCCUCUGCCUUUAUUAUUUUUUAGCAUUACUUUGCAAUGAACUGUAUUUUCAUGUUGUUAAUAGCUAAACAUUCUUAGUAAAAUAAUAUUAUGUAUUAUUAUGUGCUAACCAAAGUCAUUUUUCCACAGCUGCGCAGUUUGUUUUAUUUGAUAUAUUUCUGUGUUGCUGAUACAAAGCGUGAAUAUUUAUGCUGGAUGCACUGUACUUUGUAGCAGCCUCUGUUCAACAGUAUUUACUUCAAUAAAAGUGCUACAGAUAGAA